AAUAAGUGGUAGCGGUUCCUCACUACAAACCCUGGAACAGCAGAGAAACGAUGUUAUGAAGAGAGUCGUAGCCAAUGCCAUGAAUAAACCAGGUGCUAAGCUCAGGUUAUCUCAGGUGAUGCCAAUCCUACGCACGAUGUCAGGUCCUCAGCGAUUGGCCCUUGCCGCCCUAGUCUCAGCCCAGGUGAUGGCCUCCCCCAGGGAGCCCCUCCCUCCGCCUCAUGACCCUGCGCACAAUGUGACGUCACAGCUGAUGCUGCCCAUCAGUCAGGACAUUGCCACCAUGUUCAGGGGGUUGGGGCGGGAAGAAGGGGUGAGCAGGAGGGGUGAUCAACAGGUCCAGCAGAGAAGUCGUCAGUCCUACAAUGCCUUUAGCAACAAUGUUGUGCCCAACAGAAGGGAGGGACAUGUUCCAAACGAGAUCCUAGCACCUCCGCCACCACCCCGGCACCCACCUUCAAGGUCACAGGUUCUGCAGCGACAAGGUCAAGGUCACGAUCAAGGACAAGGUCAAUCGGCUCCCUUUAAUGGCGGCGAACCAACCACUGACGACUGCGAGUUCUUCACUUCAAGUCUGUGUCUGGAAGACACCAACUAUCCCAAGAGUGACAUUCUGAAAUCAUUGAGAAACUCCCAAAACAAGGAGGCUUUUAGUUCUCUACUACAAGAUGCAAAAUAUGAGAUCAAGGAUUUGGACCCCUCAGUCAACGAUCACAUUGAAAGGAGACAAGGUGACACCUCAAUGAUUGACAACAGCAAGAUGUGUGCUUCACGGGUGGAAAUGGCCAAGCCGAAAAGGGCGCGCACAACCAUGGGAAACUGGAAGUACAUUGUCAACACUGGAGACUACUCCCAAUCUCUCAGGCUGGAGAUGUGUUUGAGACCUCAGGCUUCCUGUUCAUACAUUGCUCCAGGAGUCAGAUCUGAAUGUAUGCAGGUCUAUAACUACCACCGACUUUUAACGUGGGACCAGAGUACUGGACUAGCUAUGGAUAUGUUCAAGGUACCGACAUGCUGUUCAUGUCACAUUCAAAACGGGUUCAUGGCGGGGCAAUCACCCCGACCCCCCAUGCCUAGCGGCCUCCCCACCCUGUUCCCUGAUUCAGGACCUGAAAGCAACUUUAUCACCUCAGAACUCAUGUCACAGGCUAUGCAGAGAUUACCGCCUGGGAUGUUGCAGGGCAUGCGCAUGCGAGGAGACAUGCUCGGUCACCACAACAUCCCGAAACGGGAGUCGAAUUCGGGGGGCGCCGGUGCCCCCAGGCGACCCCCCCAGGGCACUGUGAUCCACAGGGGACCCCCUCUGCCUCUCCAGGACGAGGCACCCCCCGAGGCUCCACCUCGUUACCCUCCUUACCACAACAAUGUGAGACGGACUUCGCUGAGGAACCAUUCUUCCGACCAGGACAGGCAGAAAAUACGUGGCAGUAUACCAUUGACUCCAAACCAGCGGCAUCCUGAUUUGCCAGCUGAUAAUAUGAUAUCAUCAGUGACGUCACAACAACAUUUGUCACCAGUGACGUCACACCAGCUAGCGGCAGUGACGUCACAACAACAACACCCAUCCCAAAUGACCUCACACUUAUCAUCGGUGACGUCACAACAUCACCCACCACAUUUCUCAUCAGUGACGUCACAACAUCACCCAUCACAAAAUGACGUCAAGGUUACCAGUGACGUCACCACGAUCGCCAGUGACGUCACUAACACCGGUGACGUCACCAGUGACAACGCUAGUGACUGUGGCACCUUCACGUCGCAUAAACUACAGCUAUCACCCGAUAAUUGACUUCUUUAAAACUGCUACGUCAGCAGUUAGCAACGAGGAAGAGCGUAGUAUGGAUAGGGCAGACUGGAGGCCGGUUACUGAGGCGUUGUUACUCCAUAGUAAGAGACAGAAGCUGAAAGAAUGAGAGAGAGUGAGUCGAGAAAAUAAGGAUGAAGUGGAAUCACAAGGAGGAUUUGAUGAAUGGAAAGAUGCGUACAGUCUUAUGCGCCACGAACACGCGGAUUUCUCUUUCCAUCAGCUGAUGGAAAUAUAUCUGUAUUCGUACAGGAACAGUAAGAGCCAGACCAUAUAAGGCGUUUUUUCAGGCGCCUAUCCAAUCAUUUGUCAAUCGGAAAGCUUUGUACCCUGCCGACUCUCAAACGCCAUCUGAUAACGCCUGCAAGAAAAAACUCAGGCCCGGUUUCACAAAAGCCGGUUAAAUUUUAACCGUGAUUAAUUUCAUGAGAGCCAGUCAGAGAAGGGCUUCUAGAUAAGACGGCUCCUCUGAUUCAUUCUCGUCGAAUCAAUCACGAUUAAAACUCAACCGGCUUUUGUGCAACCGGCACUCAAUAUGGUUUGGCUCUAAGGUGAAAAUAUAAUGAGCAUUAGUUGAUGAAACGUGAAAUGAGCGUGUUCGUGACGCAUAAGUCUGUACGCCCCUAAAGAAAGUGAUGAUAAGAGAUUCAUGAUAGAAUUGGCGAGAAUGAAGAAUAACUGAAAUAAGAGAAAAUGAAGUUGAAACAACAAGUAAUAUUAUUAGAAGGAUUACUUUAUACUUUGAAAAAGCAAGUAGAUACUUGAACCACUACCUCCGUAAACAAAGCCAUAGUACAUUCUGGUGACGUCAGCAUAGGUAGGGCUCCUACACCAAUAAAAACACUAGCUGAUAUCGAUCAGCUAAAAAAUCAACGAAUUUUUAUUGGUCUAGGAGCCCUAUCUGUGCUGACGUCACACGAAUGCACUAAUGAUUUGUUUAUGGAGAAGUGCUUGAACCAAAUCUGUUCAGCCAAAUUGUGGGAGAUUUCAAUCUUACCAUACAAGCCCAUAUACUAUAGAUAUAUUUAAUAUUUGACAAUACAGUCAAUUUUGAAUAUUGUUGUCAACUAUGAUAACAUAGUUGUUGUCAAUUUGAAUAUCUCCAGUCUGCUCAAUUCACCCGGAAGAAAAAAA